AAAAAGCGACAAGUGAGAAUAAUGUGAACGAAAAUUGGGGAUCAAUACUCGAUGUAUGCGAUAUGGUCACUUCAAAUACUGGUUCAGCUAAGGAAUGUCUAAGAGCAAUUUUGAAACGAAUGAAUCAUGAAGAUCCACAUGUUAUUAUGCAGGCUAUAACACUUUUGGAUGCAUGCUCAAGUAAUUGUGGCAAGCCGUUCCAUCUAGUGAUUGCUUCAUAUGAGUUUGAAACUGAAUUUCGACGCUUAUUAACAAAAUCACAACCAAAAGUGGCAGCUCGAAUGUGUCAGGUGCUAAAAUCUUGGGCUGAAACUGAUUAUAAAAAAGAUCCUGAGCUAAAUUUAAUCCCUUCACUGUGCGAGAAACUUAUGCAUGAAGAUUAUGAUUUUGGUAGUUUAUCUGAUAAACCAAAAUCAAAAUCAUCUGCAUCAAAGGAGCAAAAUGCUGCAAAUACUCAACAACAAGAAGAAGCUGAAAUUGCCUAUGCGAUUCAACUAUCGCUGAAAGAUUCCAAAUCUAGUCCGAAACAUCAAGUUGGUUCUAGCAGUGCUACUAGUAACACCAGUUCAGCUUAUCCUUCACUGUAUCCAUCAGUAGCGGGUGCCGGUUCGUUAGGAAGUGUUAAUUCAACUGGUACUGGUUCCAAUAAUUCAGCAACAUCACAAACAGAACCACGUAAAGUGCGUGCUUUAUAUGAUUUUGAAGCUGCUGAAGAAAAUGAAUUGACUUUCUUUGCUGGUGAAAUUAUACACGUUUUAGAUGAUACAGAUCCGAAUUGGUGGAAGGGUAUGAAUCAACGUGGUGAUGGUUUGUUCCCAUCUAAUUUUGUUACUGCAGACUUAUCUGUUGAUCCAGAACGUUUAGAUAUUAACCAACAAAGUAAGUCAAAGAAAAAUGUACAAUUUGAUGAUGACGUUAAGGAGCUGCAACAAAAGACUGAAGCUGCUGCCGUUGCAGCUGCCAAUCAACAAGUUGAAAUUGAUGAAAUAAAAAUAGAUCGUUUGCUGCAUUUGUUGCAUGAGGCAAAUCCUGAAGAUCCAUCACAAGAUAGCGAUGAAAUGUUACGCUUAGAACAAGAAGUACAUCAAAUGGGUCCUUUAAUUGAUGCAGAACUUGAACAUAUUGAUCGCAAGCAUGCACAAUUAACGCAAUUGUCGAGUGAUUUGGUAGAUGCAAUUAAUAUGUAUCAUUCUUUGAUGCGUGAUGGUGCCAUGAUGAAUAAUGGUAAUAUUUUACGAAGUGGUAAUAUGAUGCAACAAUACCCAGGUUACGGUGCGUCUCCUGAACAGAGGGGGUCUACGUGGGGGUUACGUGGUUAUGCUCCUCAAAUGUCCGCUAACUAUGGGCUUCAUUCGUUACCAUACAGCAAUACAGGUCAAUUACCACCAAUGACAGUACCACCAACAAAUGAUGCAUCAAUUCCUAAUACAGAUAUUAUGGGUGUGCCUGGUAGUACUUUUCCACCAAACGCGCAGUUACCAAUUUUAAGCGUUGGCCAGCAGCAAAUAUCUGUGCCAAUGUCACUACAAAAUGGACAUCUUAAUUCACAACCAAUGAAUAGCCUUAUGAAUGCAUUGCCACACAUAAAUUCGUCAAUGCCACUUGGACAACAAAUGCAACAUCCACAUCCACAUCCACAAAAUUUUCAAAUGUUACCACAGCAAACACAACAGCAAUUACCACCACAAUCGCAGUAUCCACAGCAGCAGCAACAACAACAACAACAGCCAUCGCAGUCUCAAUAUUCUCAACAGCUUCCUACUACGGCACCAACAACAACUACAUCGCCAAUGCCACUCAAUGGCACAACAUCAGUUAUUGCAAAUGAAACGCAAACUCAAGGUGGUUCUAUGUUACAACUACCACAACAGUCAACACAGCAGCAACAACAAUUUAUACCACCACUACAUCAAGCUCCACCAGGAACAUAUUUGCCACAACAGAUUCCACCACAGCAACAACCUCAUCAAUUACAACAGCAACAGCAUCAACCAUAUACAACACCAAUGCCAAAUGGACCACAAAAUUUUGUACCACAGCCACAGUUGACUAAUGGAGUGCCAGGCAUGAUGCAAUUACCAGUUCUUCAGCAGCAACAACAACCACAACCACAACACCAACACCAACAACAGCUUAACCAAAAUCAUAGUAACAAUAAUAAUACGGAUCAAUUUAGUCAAUUACAGCAACAAAUGUCUGCCAUGUCAAUGGGAAUCAAUCAUCCGGUAAACCAAAAUUUUAUUGUGCAAAAUGAACAAAAAGCUAACAUUCCAAUUUAUCAGCAACAACGGUAAAACUAUACUGAUUGCAUGUAGCAAGCAUCUCUUUGCCGUUCAAAUGAUGUUUCCUUUAUGUGUUUGUGAUUGGCUGAUUUAAUCCGUUUGAUCUGAUCCUCCAGGAGGUGAAAAUUAUAAAUGAUUUAGUUAAAUGAAAGAAAUGCAAAGAGUGUAAAAGCAGGCAAAUAUAUAUAUAUUAAAA